UGAUGACGUAACACGCCGAAAACGUAGAACUGUGGGAUGACGUCCUUCCUUCUUCCUUUCCUCAACUUCAGGCGAGAAUGAAGACCAUUCUCAGCAACCAGACAGUUGACAUCCCCGACAGCGUCGAAGUGACGUUGAAAGGCAGAACGGUGGUUGUGAAGGGGCCCCGCGGUGUCCUGCGCCGGGAAUUCAACCACAUCAACCUCGAACUCAGUCUUCUGGGCAGGAAGCGUAAGAAGCUCCGUGUGGAUAAAUGGUGGGGUAACAGGAAGGAGCUGGCCACCGUACGCACCAUCUGCAGCCACGUCCAGAACAUGAUCAAGGGGGUGACCCUGGGAUUCCGCUACAAGAUGAGAUCGGUGUACGCUCACUUCCCCAUUAACGUGGUGAUGCAGGAGACCGGCACCCUGGUGGAGAUCAGGAACUUCCUGGGGGAGAAGUACAUUCGGCGGGUCCGCAUGAGGCCAGGUGUGACCUGCACGGUGUCAGCAGCCCAGAAGGACGAGCUGGUUCUGGAGGGUAAUGACAUUGAGCUGGUGUCCAACUCAGCCGCCCUCAUCCAACAGGCAACCACAGUCAAAAAUAAGGAUAUCAGGAAAUUCUUGGAUGGUAUUUACGUGUCCGAGAAGGGAACUGUAUUGGACCCGGAUCAGUGAGCAGUGUAGAGCUGCACUCAUCCAGCAGGCCACGACUGUGAGGAAGAAGGAUAUCCGCAAGUUCCUAGACGGUAUCUAUGUCAGCGAGAAGAGCACCGUCGUGGAGCAGCAGGAAGCUUAAGUCUUUAACUUGUCAACAAUAAAUUACUUUAUACCACA